AUUGUUUUAAAAAGGUUGUGUUAUUCAUGAGGACGAGUGAGAAUAAUCACUAAAGGUCUACACAUCGAGCACACCACCAAGACCACACAAUGAAAGCUCAACAAAACAGCUUGAAGUUUGAAUACAUUGCCCUUAAGCAUAACGAGGGCAAGUCUUUGACAAGUUUUAGUCCACCGAAUGACAAAAAUAGAGGACAAACAGGAUGGUUUGCGGCGACGUUUCUCGUCGUGAACAUCGCUCUAGGGACGGGACUUUUGAACUUCCCAAUGGCGUACCAUCAGUCUGGUGGGAUCCUCUGGGCAGUCAUUAUACAGUCAUUUUUUAUGGUGUUUGUCGUGAUGGCUAUAUUUAUCCUCGCCUACUGUUCUGACAUCAAGGGAAGCAACACCUACCAAGACGUGGUUCUCUCCCUGUGUGGCCCUAAAGCCCAGCUGGCUUGUGCUGUCUGUGUGUUACUCUACUGCUUUGGCUCCUGCGUAUCUUUUCUCAUCGUUAUAGGCGACCAGUGGGAGAUAUUUUUCUUCAAAAUAUCUCAAGACCUCUAUUGUAAAUCAAAGCCGUUCUACAUGACAAGAGCUUUCAUUAUAUCAGCCACGUCUAUAGUCUUUAUACUGCCAUUAUGUUUUCCUAAAAGAAUCGAUUUCUUAAAAUAUACCAGUGUCGUUGGUGUUAUAGGUAUCUUGUAUGUCGCAGUUCUAGUUAUCGUCAAGUAUUUUCUUCCUCAUGACAACCAAGGAACAAUUUCUACUUCUCCAAGGUCGUGGGUCGAUGUUUUUCUUGUUGCACCGGAAAUUUGUUUCUCCUAUGACUGUCACGUGAACAUUAUCCCCAUCUACUCCUGUUUGGCGAAACGUAACAUCAGAGAGUUCUCUAAAACAGUAACACUUGCUAUGAUAUUGUGUAUCAUAACUUACACAGUCACUGCAUCUCUGGGAUAUUUACAGUUCGGUGACUUAGUCACCAAUGACAUACUGUUGUCGUUUAACCCUACAGCUGAUGUGAUGGUGGCUGUAGUUCUUGUGGCUGUGAAAAACUACACGAUAUAUCCUAUUCUUUGCUUCGUUGGAAAGACAGCAUUAGACAGUUUGUGGAGAAUGUUCUGGAAAAUGAACCCAGAAGAAAUUUCACACAAAGAAAAGUUGAGACGUGUCAUAACGACAUUGGUGUGGUUCACCUUGACCUUGCUGUUGUCCAUCUUCAUCCCAAAUAUAGGCGUGGCCAUACAACUCCUAGGGGCUUUAUCAGCGGUGUUUAUUUUUGUAUUACCAGGGUUGUGCUUGCUAAAUGCGAUGCAGAAUAUACUAGAGUCUGGUGAGAAGCAGGAUCAACGUGUCCACGUCCUAAGAGCGAUAGCCAUGGUGUUUCUAGCUGUUGGUGCCUUCAUCAUUGGAGUCAUCGUAUGUCAGGCUAUUAUAAAAGAUCUACAAGGUGUUGAGCCGGACUCGUCCAAGUUCACGUGCAUCUAGCAGU